AUGGCAAGCAUUGUGGAUGUGUAUGGACCACACAAAGUUGAACAGAAGAGAAAAUUCCAAUCUCCCUAUAUAAGUGGAGGUUCUAUCUCUGCAGAGUUCAGUGUGUAUAACGCUUUUGGUUCAUUGGCUGAGAAGAAAGCAUAUUCAAUGGUUAUCACAUCCACUGCCACACACCCAGAUGCUCAUGAUGAGUGUAUUUCCUCUACUUUUGCUUCCAGAUAUGUGCGACAAUCUAUUCCCAAGUUCAAGAUGCCAGAGAAUUCCAUACCAAAGGAUGCUGCUUAUCAGUUAAUAAACGACGAGUUGAUGUUGGAUGGCGCACCAAGGCUCAAUUUGGCCUCAUUUGUGACCACUUGGAUGGAGCCUGAGUGUGACAAGCUCAUAAUGGCCUCACUCAACAAGAACUAUGUUGACAUGGAUGAGUACCCUGUCACCACUGAGCUUCAGAAUCGGUGUGUCAAUAUAAUAGCAAAUCUAUUCAAUGCUCCUCUAAGUGAAGAAGAGACUGCAGUAGGUGUGGGAACUGUGGGAUCAUCAGAGGCAAUAAUGUUAGCAGGUCUGGCUUUUAAAAGGAAAUGGCAGACAAAGAGAAAAGCAGAAGGAAAACCAUAUGAUAAGCCCAACAUUGUUACUGGGGCCAAUGUGCAGGUUUGUUGGGAAAAAUUUGCAAGGUACUUUGAGGUAGAGCUCAAGGAAGUGAAACUCACCGAGGGAUACUAUGUGAUGGACCCUGUGAAAGCAGUUGAAAUGGUGGAUGAGAACACCAUUUGUGUUGCAGCCAUUUUGGGUUCAACUAUGACCGGAGAGUUUGAGGAUGUGAAGCUUCUCAAUGAACUUCUCACUGAAAAGAACAAGAAGACAGGUUGGGAUACCCCAAUUCAUGUAGAUGGUGCCAGUGGGGGAUUUAUUGCCCCAUUUCUCUAUCCUGAUCUUGAAUGGGAUUUUCGUCUGCCAUUGGUGAAAAGCAUCAAUGUUAGUGGUCACAAGUAUGGUCUUGUCUACCCCGGUGUUGGUUGGGUUGUCUGGAGGAGUAAGGAUGACUUGCCAGAUGAACUUGUUUUUCACAUAAAUUAUCUUGGAUCUGAUCAGCCAACUUUCACAUUGAAUUUCUCCAAAGGAUCCAGUCAAAUUAUUGCUCAAUAUUACCAAUUUAUUCGGCUUGGCUUUGAGGGUUACAAAAAUAUCAUGGAAAAUUGCUGGGACAAUGCAAGAACACUGAGGAAAGGAAUUGAGAAAAUAGGAAGGUUUAACAUCAUCUCUAAGGACAUAGGGGUGCCACUUGUGACCUUCUCCUUGAAAGACAGUAGCCAACACACAGUGUUUGAGAUAGCAGAUCAGCUGAGAAAAUUUGGCUGGAUUGUUCCUGCCUACACAAUGCCACCAGAUGCACAGCACAUCGCGGUCCUCAGGGUAGUGGUCAGGGAGGAUUUCAACCAUGGCUUGGCUGAGAGACUUGCUGCAGACAUAGACAAGGUUGUGAAGCUCUUAGACACACUCCCUAGCCUCACAACCAAAGCCACUCAUGUCACACCCAUCACCAGUGAGACUGAUGAGAAGAUCAAGAAGAGUGCAGUAGAGACUGAAAGAGACAUUGCUGUGUACUGGAAGCGACUUGUGGAGGGGAAGAGACAUGGAGCAUGCUAG